UAUGCCAUUUAUAAACUUGCUUAGAAGAUUGUAUCUUUCGCAAAAAAUGAGUUCUCCGUUCACCCUUGAUAGCGUAGACGAAGGUCUGAAAGAACUCCAAGGACCCGUAUACGAAGAAGUGCACAGAAUUCUCUAUGGAAGACCCCAUCCGGAGCUGGAGGUACCGAAAGAAGCGCAUGAUAUAGCGCAGAAGAACAAGUUUGAUCUGAAAUGCUACGCGAUCACCGCCGAACCGGAGCAGCUCCGAGCACCUCGGAAGGUUAGAGUAGCUGCAAUCCAGUUUGCGACGGUUCUACCAACAUCGGGUCCUGUCGAAGAACAACGAAAGGCUAUCCAUCAAAAGGUGGCCACGAUGAUAGAUGCUGCUGCAGCAGCAGGUGCCAACAUCGUCUGCAUGCACGAACUAUGGACCAUGCCAUUUGCAUUUUGUACUCGUGAGCGCUUGCCUUGGACGGAAUUUGCAGAAUCUGCAGAGCACGGUCCAUCAACCAAAUUCCUUAGCCAGCUUGCUGUCAAACACAACAUUGUCAUCGUAUCAUCAAUCCUUGAAAGGGACGAACACAGAGAUGAAGUUUUGUGGAAUGCCGCUGUCAUUAUUUCAAACUCGGGCAAGGUUAUCGGCAAAAGUCGGAAGAAUCACAUACCCAGAAUUGGCGACUUUUCUGAAUCGACGUACUACAUGGAAUCUAAUCUUGGGCAUCCAGUUUUCGAAACUGCUUUUGGGAAAGUGGCGGUAAAUGUUUGUUACGGUCGUCAUCAUCCUCAGAACUGGAUGAUGUACGCAUUGAAUGGGGCUGAGAUCAUCUUCAACCCUUGUGCAGAAGUAGUCGAGAAUAUGAGUGAACCGAUGUGGGCCUUCGAAGCGCGCAGUGCAGCCAUUGCCAAUCAUUGUUUCACAGUCCCCAUCAACAGAGUUGGAAAGGAGUCAUUCCCCAAUGAAUUUACAUCUGGCGAUGGUCGACCAGGACACAAGGAGAUUGGUCAGUUCUACGGGAGCGCCUAUGUUGCAGCACCUGACGGUAGCCGCACACCGGGACUUUCGCGUAUAAAGGAUGGUGUGCUUGUUGUUGAGAUCGAUCUGAACCUAUGCAGACAAACCAAAGAUGCGCUUUGUCUUAGGAUGACACAACGCUUGGAUUACUAUGCAAAAGCACUCACUGCUGCGGCUGAUCCCAACUAUGUGCCUGACAUUCAUCCGUCUCAAGCGUAG